ACCCGUUUCGCCAGCCCGCCCGCACCCGACAAACACGCCGCGCUCUCCUCGUCCAAAUCUUAUUCUUGGGUGUUAAGCAGAGUAAUAAGGUCAAGUUCCUCCUAAACCGACUGUUAUACUCUACUCUCUCUCUCUCUCUCUCUCUCUCUCUCUCUCUCUCUCUCUCUCUCUCUGUCUCUAUCGAUCUGUAUAUAUACACAAAACACUCGCCGCAGUAUUACACGGAGAAUACUGACAUUCUUCUAUUAAUCAGCAGGAGUUUCGUUGUCUAAGAUUCAAUGUCGGUCAGAACAGUGAAAGUAAGCAAUGCUUCUUUAGGUGCUUCUGAGCAAGAUAUCAAGGAGUUCUUUUCGUUUUCUGGAGAUAUUGAGUAUGUGGAAAUGAAAAGUGCUGAUGAACGGUCUCAAAUUGCUUAUGUGACUUUCAAGGAUCCUCAGGGUGCAGAGACUGCUGUGCUUCUUUCAGGAGCUACUAUUGUUGAUCAAUCAGUCACUAUAACUCUCGAUCCCGAAUACAAGCUUCCACCUCAGGCUUUAUCAACACCAAUUGUUGCUGAAAGCCAGAAUGUGGGUGGUGAUGGAUCUGGAUCUGGAUCUGCAAUCCAGAAGGCGGAAGAUGUUGUGAGCAGCAUGUUGGCCAAGGGUUUUAUCCUGGGCAAAGAUGCAGUUAACAAAGCCAAGUCUUUUGAUGAGAAGCACCAGUUCACUUCCACUGCCACGGCCAAAGUUGCAGCUUUGGACCAAAAGAUUGGAUUCACUGAGAAAAUUGGGUUGGGAGCGAACAUUGUGAAUGAAAAGGUUAAAGAAGUGGACCAGAAGUUUCAGGUUUCCGAGAAGACAAAGUCUGCCAUUGCUGCCGCGGAGCAGACUGUUAGCAAUGCUGGAUCUGCCAUUAUGAAGAACAGGUACGUUCUCACCGGGGCAACUUGGGUCACUGGUGCCUUUAAUAAGGUUACCAAGGCUGCUGGGGAAGUCGGGCAGAAGACAAAAGAAAAAUUGGCUGAAGAACAGCAGGUUAAAAAUGCAACAGAAGGCUAUACACAGUUACAUGCUUCUGAAUCCCCAAAGGCUUCCGCUGCUGAGGAACAAAACAAGUCCACUGUUCAGGGUUUAGUCCUUUAAUUUGUGUAAAUGUGUAAAACCCAGAUAUUUAAGUUUUAGAGGUUGCCUGCCAUUUUCACUCAUAUGCUACUUAGAGACUUUGAACUGUAAUUGUGCACUGUCAGAAUUCAAACAUGCUUUUUAUACAUCAAAACUUAUUUAAUAUUUUUGACUGGAUAAAUGAUUAAUGGCAUUUUUCUUUGAAAA